GCGUUCCAAGGUCAUAUUAAUCAUAUCAUAGGUGAUCGUCCGUGGAAGAAGGCGGAGCGAGUAUGGGUAAACGAAGGCAAGCAACGAAAGGGACGCAAGAGAGGUCGUCCUCGGAAACCCCUUGUGCAGGUUAUAACUGAAUCGGAAGUUCCUAGUCUACGGCAAGUUCAAACGAAGUCCCGCAUUGUGCAGCCAGCGAGACGGUAUGGAGUGGCAGUAGAGCUGCGCCAGCCGUAUGAGCGGAAGCAUAUCCAUUCACCUAAAGAAGUUGCUGGAAGCCAUUAUGUGCCAGCUGCCGGAGAAUUGGCAGCAGAUUUGUCUAUGGAGAUUGGACACAUGGUAAACUUCUUUUUAUGGAAGUUCUAUAGUUUUGACUGUUGA